AUGGCUUCAACAGUGAAUUGUCGAAUAUGUAUGUGUAGUUGUUGUAACCCUUCUUGGGAUAAUACUGGAUGUUUCAUCAGCAUUGAUCCAACAGCAACAGCUUCUUAUUGCAAAUCACGCUGUAGUGAUCAAUGUCCUGAACAAUGUCCACGCGAUUUAUUAAUUGAAAAUAAUAGUCGUAUUGAUAUAGUUAAUUCAAAUGCUAAUAUAAAAGAUGAAGCAAAAUAUCGUGCAUGUCAAUUAGCUAAAACAAAUGCUUGUUUUUAUGUUGAUGAUGAUUGGGAUAUAAGAAUAUAUAUCAAAAGUCUUUAUUCACAUUUUCUUCUUGAACCAACUAUACUUCAUGCUAUAACAGAUCAAUUUACUUAUUUUACUAAUCUAAUGUGGACAUUUUUUGAUGAAAGUAUUGAUUUACAUACUGGAUUUAGUUGGAUUGGUUGUGGUUCUGUCUUUUCACGUGAUAAUGCUAUACGUCAUUUGAUGUAUAUGGACUUUUUUCUUAAUAAUGAUGAAAGUCGUGGUAAGAUAUUAAACGUAAGAGUGAUUAAGCCUCUUUUCAUUCCUCGAAAAUCGGUCUUAGACAAAGUACAUUCAAAUUCUAUGAAAUUCCAUUAUAUGUUGAGCUUUAAGAAUAAAUCUCAAAAAAAAUUUUUAAUGGUACAAUGAGACUAUUUUUGUAAUUGAAAAGUUUUUAUUCUUCGAAGUAGUACCGGUUUGAAAAAAAUCUUUUGUCUUUUUUUGUAAUGAUUAAGGUCUUGGAUUGAUUUCGAUAUUAUCAUUGAGAGAAACCAUUUCAAGAAAAUAAUUGAAUUUCAUUUAAAAGAGUUAAAGAUUCUCAAGUUCAAUUUUCUCGUUCAAGAAAGUCUUAGUUCUCAUGACUUAGUCAUAUUUUAUAAAUUUCAGUUUUUUUCUUAAAAUAGACUUUCACUAUCCGACCUCAAACGAUCAAAUGAAUAUAAUUUUCCUUACUUAACAAAAAGUAAAAUUUUGUCAAAAAAUUCGAAAAUGAGAUAAAUGAAGAAUCUUACUACCAAAUAAAUAACAAGCAGAAUAAAAAAAACAGCAAAAUAUCAUCAAUUUUCCGUUUCAAAGAUUAUUUCUUUUUUCGCAGUUUCUCAAUUAAGAUAUAGUGAUUUGAUGAAUAUCAUCAGAAAACUUCAUAACAUUGAGCUAAAUUAUUUUUAUAAACAUUGUUUUAUUAGAUUUAAUUCCACAAGGCGAUCAAUUUUUUUCCAUAUGGAUGAAUCAGAUUCCAGCACAAUUCAAUGGACGUUUACUUCAUUCU